UCGGCGGUCGCGCUUCCAGUUAAACUUUUACAGGCGGACCGACGGGUCUUCAGCUCUUCAAUCGUCGGGCUCCGCAGUUUAUCCGCGCUCGGCUCCCGAAUUCCUGGCAGCCUCCCGCACAAAAUUCAAAUAAUUCAAAACCAUCAGAAAUCAAAAUAAAUAAAUAAGUUAAGAAGAAAUAUUUUCAGGAAUUAUUCAAACGAAAAUAUCCACAUAAAACAAAUAUGGGGCAAAAUUAAAUCUGCUUGUGCUACUUGAAAUGAAUGAAAAAUUCAAUGCUAUUAGUGUGUGCAAAACAAAAAUAAAUAUCGGAAAAUAUUUGCAUGUGUCUACAUUAGUUUGAAUGGAAAAGUGCUCGAGAGUAAAUAGGCCGAAAGUCGAAAAACAAAAAAUAUCUUGGACAAACUUGUGCAGUUUCCAUCUCACAUAUAUUUCGGAUGUUUUCCAAUGCCAGUGCUAUUAUUAAAGUAAUUUUUGCGACAAUUGCCACCUGUUCGACAACUUUUGGAAAACACACAAAAUUUAUGCAAACGACUUCGAGAAGAAAGCCCAUCCGAUCCACAACGAGAGUGAGAGUGUCGGGAGUCGUUGACCCAGUAUUGAACUGAACGAGCCAUGCGUUGAAGACGUCCGCUAAAUUCUGAGCCAAAGAAAGAGACGGAUAGACGGGCAAAACAAGAGACAGGAGAUAUCCCAGCCGACAAUCACACAGUCCACCAGCCGAGAUUUAUUAAAAGAGAUAGCAGCGAGUGUACAAGGCAUAAAAGUCAAUGACCACAUCAACUGGCAGCCGCAGGCAGCUUUUUUAUUAAGCAUACGCCCCCACAUAAAUUAGUAAUCAAGCGACGGGGGCCCGAGGCGAAACUAACAGGAGGACUUAUUUUUAUUGAAAUUAUGAUUGAUGAUGGGAGCGUGCAAGUAAAUCGCGGUGCUGGUAAAUCAUGCUGCUGAGGGCCAUUGAGACGACGAUGAUGAAGUCGGGCAGCAGCAGCAGGUCAGCACUGGGUUGCUCAUACGCCGCGUUAGCCCGCUGCCACUCCGGUUGAAAGACUGAUGGCUUUGUCUGGACAGGAUUGGCGGCGCCAUCAGAGCCACCGCCAGCAUAGGAACCACCAGAAGCACCAGAAACACCAGAAACUGAUCUCCACCACCACGCUGACGCUGUUCGUCCUCUCCCUCAGCAGUUGGAUAGCCUAUGCCGCGGCCAAGGCGGCCACCGUUCCAGCUCCGCUCGUGGAAGGCGAGACGGAGCCGUCGUCAUCGCAGGACUUCAACAGCAGCAGCGCCUUCCUGGGGGCCAUUGCCUCCGUCUCCGCCUCAUCCCCGGGUUCUUUUGGCCUGCUUGGCUCAAUGAACAGCAGUCCCGUUGCCAUAGUCACAUACGAGGGCAUCACCAGCAGCGGCAGUAGCAGCAGCAAUUUGGGGGACAGCAAUACCACCUUGGUGACCCUAUCGGAUACUCCUCUGCUGCUAGAGGAAUUUGCCGCUGGGGAGUUUGUGCUGCCGCCGCUGACAUCCAUAUUCGUGAGCAUCGUCCUGCUGAUCGUCAUCCUGGGCACGGUGGUGGGCAAUGUCCUGGUCUGCAUAGCCGUGUGCAUGGUGCGGAAGCUAAGAAGACCCUGUAACUACCUGCUUGUCUCGCUGGCCCUCUCGGACCUGUGUGUGGCCCUGCUGGUGAUGCCCAUGGCCCUGCUGUACGAGGUGCUGGAGAAGUGGAACUUCGGGACGCUGCUCUGCGACAUCUGGGUGUCCUUCGACGUGCUCUGCUGCACCGCCUCGAUCCUGAACCUGUGCGCCAUCUCCGUGGACCGAUACCUGGCCAUCACGAAGCCCCUGGAGUACGGAGUAAAGCGGACACCGCGGCGGAUGAUGCUGUGUGUGGGCAUCGUUUGGCUGGCGGCCGCCUGCAUUUCACUGCCGCCGCUGCUGAUCUUGGGCAACGAGCACGAGGACGAGGAGGGCCAGCCCAUCUGCACGGUGUGCCAGAACUUUGCAUAUCAGAUCUACGCCACCCUGGGCUCCUUCUACAUCCCGCUGUCGGUGAUGCUGUUCGUGUACUACCAGAUCUUCAGGGCGGCGCGGCGGAUUGUGCUGGAGGAGAAGCGGGCGCAGACGCAUCUGCAGCAGGCCCUCAAUGGCACGGGAUCGCCAUCGGCUCCGCAGGCUCCCCCGCUGGGUCACACGGAGCUGGCCAGCUCGGGGAACGGGCAGCGGCACAGCAGUGUGGGCAACACCUCGCUGACCUACUCCACCUGCGGCGGGCUGAGCAGUGGCGGCGGGGCUUUGGCAGGACAUGGCAGUGGUGGGGGGGUGAGCGGAUCGACUGGACUACUGGGCUCGCCGCACCACAAGAAGCUGCGGUUUCAACUGGCCAAGGAGAAGAAGGCCUCCACCACGCUGGGCAUCAUCAUGUCCGCCUUCACCGUCUGCUGGCUGCCCUUCUUCAUCCUGGCCCUCAUUCGUCCCUUCGAAACGAUGCACGUGCCGGCCUCGCUCUCGUCCCUGUUCCUGUGGCUGGGCUAUGCCAACUCGCUGCUGAACCCCAUCAUCUACGCCACCCUGAACAGGGACUUCCGCAAGCCCUUCCAGGAGAUCCUUUACUUCCGCUGCUCCAGCCUGAACACGAUGAUGCGGGAGAACUACUACCAGGAUCAAUACGGGGAGCCGCCUUCGCAGCGCGUGAUGCUGGGCGAUGAGCGGCACGGAGCCAGGGAGAGCUUCCUCUAGGCCCUUCCCAAGGACAUGUUUUGUUGUGCCCAAGACAAGCGAAUCUGAGCUGCUCGAAGGAUCUUCCCCAGGUUUCCGGAAGAAGGCCACAUCUGUGCUCGACGCACUCACGCACACCUAAGUAUACACACUGGGGUGGACACCUAAGCAAAAUAGAUAAUGUAAAGUUUUAGGGGGGGAAAAGUGUUUUUGGACAGUUCUAAGUACAUGUUCCCUGAGGUCUUAAACAAAGAGUUACGACUUUUCUAGUGGCUUAAUACAAAAUGCACUUAAUUUUGAUGACCUUUAUAGUACCUCCCAAAAGUUUACUGACUUUUCAAAACCUAUGUUUGCUAACUAAUGUUAAAUAACUUGUAAAGGCUAAAAUAAUACGCAAGCAAUGAACAUUGAUUAAAUAGAAUAUUUAUUUAACUUAUGUAUAGAAAGGCAAGGAAAGAGUUUUAAAAUAAUUUCAAAAUGUAUUAUUUUUAUGUAAAAGUUAAAUUCAAACAAAAAUUAUGGAUAAAUUAGGGAGAGUCUAGGAUUAUUCCAGACCUCAAAGACCUAAAGCCUCAAAGAAAAAGAUACUAAGGACUGACCAAAGAUAAAUUUUCACCACCCCAGUACUCACACAUGGAUAUUUGUAUGUAGUAGUGUUAGUAGUGCGUAUCUCUGUAUAUGUGCACCGCCCCUGACGACUCCUCUUAAAUGUAACUUGUUGUUGUAAUUUUAAAUGUAGAACUAAGCAAUCGGCGUGGUCUAUACCACACACCAACACACACACCUCACACUCACACACCAAACACACACGGUUGUAACUGUGACAGGUUUCUACGGUUCCUUUUAUGUUUCGAAAACAAUCAGCACCGGAUAUGAGACACAAUCGUUAUCGAAUCUAUUGAUACCCCUUAAAAGAAAAGGGAAAAACCAAGAAGCCCUAUUUCCUUCCCCCAAAAAAUUGCCAGCGUAGUUAGUUGAUUUGCGAUACUCAAACUGAGCCAAAAAUUAAAUUUACAAACUGCAGAGUGCAGCCAAUUAAGUCUACUAUUUAACCUAGUUAUAUUUAUGUUUGUGCAAGAAGCUAUCCACUGUAAAUACCCAGCCAUCUGCGACUAUAUAUAUAUGUCUAUAACGAUAGUAUAUAUAUAAAGAUAUAGAGAAAGUAGCCUAUAUAAUAUAUAUAUAUGUAUACACUGUGCGGCUCAAGCUCAAGUGAGAAGAACUAAAUUGUAUUUUGUAACUUUCUGCAUUACUCUUUCGUUGUAUUUUGUAUGAAAAGUCACGCCUCUCUGUGAUACCAAACAUUAAGCAUUACUUUUAUGUUUAGAUCGAAGCUGCAUCAAACGUAAUACACACAUACCUAUACAUAUAGAUAUAGUCAAACUAAGUGUGCAUGUUUUUAUUGUAUAUGUAUGUAGCACUGCGAGAAGUGCAUUAUGAUAUUCGCAACAAACCAAACAACAAAAAAUGGUAACUGGAAACUGGAAACUGAGCUAUUCAUAACUUGUUGUUUCAGCGCAAACACAAGUGAGAGAUAAACUAUCAAUCAAUUUACAUAGCCGACACACUUCCACACACCCACAAUCGCCACCCAUUGAAUGAAAUUGAAAAUGGAAAACGGAUAACGAAAACUAAAAUGAAAAACAAACAAAGGCAAACGAGCAUGACAAAACUAAGCGCAGCUAAUUAUACGCAAACCAAACUAAAGGUUAUUGCAAAAAAACAAACAUCAGAUAUUAUAAUUCAAAACAAAACAAAAAGUAAUUGAGAAUAACAAACAAAAGAAAAACUAAAAACACUUUCCGAGUGAUGCUUACAAAACUGCAAAACUGCAUUUGAAAACUGUUUUUCUGAACAAAAAAACCUGCGGAAAUUAAGGCAUAAAAUAAAAGGCAAACCGUAUCAAUGUAA